AUGGAGAUGACGAAUAUGGGCCUCAAUAAUGCGUAUGACAUCAACUUUGAUUUCACGAACUUCUCACACACCGAUAUUCUGAAUGCGCCCUUGUUUCCAUCGCUGAUCGCCGCAACCUCAGAGAUCAACAAUGCAUUGGUCAUACAGGCACCAACCGCAUCGAGCAUGUCUGAAGCCCCCAGUACCUCUUCCUUUCCCCUGAAUCUGCCGUCGUCCCUCUCAUCCUUAUUGGCACCAAUGAGUUCAGCUGCUAUGUCUCCAUCUUCCACCUCGGACUCUCAGGCAGGCACUGCCACCGGCCUGGGCACGACUACACCUGCUGCACAGGUGUCACACGAGCAGCGAGUUGAUGCCGCUAUCCCUGCAGUGCCUCCUCAUAUGCCUGCCAAACAGCCCAAUGCUGACUCUGAUGCUUCCAGCUGCCCGAAACGUCAGAUGAAGAAGCCAGCGCGACCAGAUGCCACGCCACUUUGGGAGCAGUGGGAGUUGCCUGCGAGCGGAGCUAAGCGAGCAGAGAAAGAAAAAAACCAGCGCACGAAGGAGAAUGGACCAGCUGAAGUUGGGCAAAAAUGA